AUGGACAGUCUCGAGAAGCAACUUCAAAAAUUAGCAAAACAGGAUGAGGAGAAGGCCGAGUUUAUCCAGGGUCUCGUGAAACAGAUCAAAGCCUUGAGCGAUGGCAACGAUAAGCUUCAGAAGCAGCUUGGAAUGUCUCAAUACCUGUGCCAGAAGAUGGACGACGAUCUGAUUAGUCUGAAGCAGAAGACGGCAAGCACGCAACAAAUGAUGGGUUCCAAUCCAUUCGUUCUUGUUUUGAUUGAUGGGGAUAUCGCAAUGUUCUCCGAUGAUUAUGUGCAACGUGCUUCUCUGGGCGGUCAGGACCUCGCUCGUGAUCUGAGGAACGCCGUGUACGAGUAUUUCCAGGCGAAGGAUAGCGCUUUCCUGCCUGACACCAAGAUUGUUAUUCAUGUUUUCGCCAACAUAGCAGGGUUGGCCAAAACAUACUAUGAUGCCAAGUUGCUGCCUGAUCCCAUGUUGUUCCGCCAGUUUGUCCAAGGAUUCAAUAAAGAGCACGCCCUGUGCCACUUUACCGACGCAGGAGAUGAUAAGGAAGCGGCGGACAAUAAGGUGAAAGCGGAGAUGGCGUUGUUCUAUGAUAACGUGCACUGCAAGCACAUCAUGUUAGGUGCUUCCGGCGAUAACAGCUACGCAGGCUUUCUGCGACAGUAUACCCUCACCAAUCAAGUCUCCUCCCGGGUGGUCCUGAUCGAAUCGAUCCCUUUCGCCAGUCAACUCGAUGUGCUCGCAGUUAAAUUCGAGAACACGCACCUCCAAGGUCUUUUCCGCGCGCAUAAGAUAGAGAGGAAAGCGUUGUCGUUCCACGAAGACAAACCCGCUCCACCAGGGAAUACUCCACCUGCAACUUACGCGUUCACUGUGAAGCAGCCGAACGGAGGCCAGGAGAAGCAAGCGCCUGUCCUACCGAAGUCGCCUAUCAUAGACGGCGGACUCGUCAAAGCAGGACGGAAAAUCUACCAGAACAGCAAAGGCCAGAGGGUGGACCAGCAGAUCAAAGCGGACAAGACUGUCGUCUACAGAUUGAAACCACUGAAACUCUGCAACCGCCACUUCCUUACCAAGUGCUAUUAUGACCCAUGUACUCACAGCCACGAAAGCAAGUUGAAUUCGGUCGAGCUGGAUGCUCUCCGCUUCAUUGCACGUCUGAGCCCUUGCCAAACGUUAUACUGUGAAGAUGCCGACUGCGUUGCCGGGCAUCGAUGUAUGCAGGGAGCGAACUGUGAGAAAGGCUCAAAAUGUUGGUUUGAUGUCGAGAUGCACAGAGUCGAUACCAAAAUAACGGGCUAUAUUACCGUUUGA